CUUUUGUGAUGACAUAUCAUGUGGCAACAUUAGUAAAUUGAAUUGGUGUAAUGGCGGCUAUGUCCCCGUCUGAGCGAAGACUACAGAAAGAACUUAUGUCUCUAAUGAAAGAGCCACCGCCAGGUGUUACUGUUGACGGAGAUCAAGCCAGCCAAAAUCUUACGCUGUGGACUGUGCAUAUGGAGGGUGUUCCUGGCACAUUAUAUGAGGGUGAAAAAUUUGUUUUGCAGUUUAAAUUUACAAAUAAAUACCCAUUCGACUCUCCUGAGGUGACGUUUAUCGGCAACAAUAUCCCGGUCCACCCGCACGUCUACUCCAACGGCCACAUCUGCCUGUCCAUCCUCACGGACGACUGGUCUCCCGCGCUCUCCGUGCAAUCCGUCUGUCUCUCCAUCGUCUCCAUGCUAAGUAGCUGUAAAGAAAAGAAACGACCGCCGGACAAUUCGUUUUAUGUUAAAACAUGUAAUAAGAAUCCUAAGAAAACAAAAUGGUGGUAUCAUGAUGAUUCAGUGUAGCGCCACGUCAUUGUUUAAAUCGACUAUGGACGAUAAAAUCUCAACUUGUGAUAAGUGUUAUCAAUACAAUAUGUUAACAUGAAAUGUAUAUACGGACGGUGCGGAACCGCAACCGGUGGGUGUGCUACCAACCAAUUGUUAUCUACGCUACUACGUCGCCAUCUUGAACUGCCAAUGUCAAAUUGACGUUUCUUUUGACUGUCGCUCGGCGCAUGGAGCCUUCACAUAAACUGGACUGUGUUGUGUUGCUAUGUUCCAAAUUGAACGCAUCGAUCGAAGACGCCAAAUCGAAUGACACACAAAGUGCAGUCGGAGUGUGUAUUCGUCGCCAUCUUGAACUGUCAAUGUCACAUUGACUUUUUUUUUACAAUGGCUCGGCGCAUGGAACUUUCGCAUAUUCUGGACUGUGUUGUGUUGCUAUGUUCGAAAUUGAACGGUUUGAUCUAAGACGCCAAAUCGAAUGUUACACAAAGUUCAGUCGAGGUGUGUAUUCGUCGCCAUCUUGAACUGUCAAUGUCAGUUUGAUGUUUCUUUUAACUAUGGCUCGGCGCAUGGAACUUUCGCAUAUUCUGGACUGUGUUGUGUUGCUAUGUUCGAAUUUGAACGCAUCGAUCGAAUAUACCCCACCCAAUGAUACACAAAGUGCAGUCGAGGUGUGAAUUAUAGGGUGAGAGUUCAAUAAAUUAUUCAAUCAUUGUUUGUUUACUUAUUUAUAGUGAUAAAGGCUUACUAGACAUAGUCAGAUGUGUAAUUUAGAUGAAUAUAUUUUGUGAUGGUCGUUGUAUGGCUUUUUUCACGUGCAUAUAAUAUAGCAGUUAAUGGUUUGUGAUUUUAGUUAAUUUGUAAAAUAUUUCAAAACUGGGUCUGGACGAAGUGUUAAUGUUAUCAUCAUUAGGCAGAACUGCGAAAAUAACAUCGGUUAGUUGACACAAUUUACUUUUCGUUUCAUCUCUGGCCUUGCGAGUUUCGUCCCAUAGCUAUCUAGCUACUGGCAGGGGCGUGCAUAUGACAUAGGCAAUUAGGCAGUGUCUACCUCGUUAUGAACAUAAAUAUAUAAAGCACUAUUGAUAAAGUUAAUUUAGUUUAAUUUGGUUCCUUCAUUUUAUUACCAAACUUCUGUGAACACCCACUGAUAAAAUUUUUCCUUACACUAGGUACUAAAUAUCUACGGUACGCAAUCUUUGCUUAUUCCAAAGCUCAACUACGACUAGUUACAUCCGCAGUGCCUACCUUACUAGAAAACCAAUGCACGCCCCUGGCUACUGGUUAAUUAAGAGUAACAUCCAGUCGCUAACCAUACUUUGUAGGAACACAUUGUCUAGACCACAUAAAAAUUAAAAAGUACAAUCAUCAUUGUUUGGAAACAACCUACUUUGAGAUGUUUCUAUUGGCUAUAAUUUCGUCCUCACAAACAUCAAGCAACAAAGUAAAAUGUGGGUGUGACGAAAUUAUUAUGUGUCAAGGUGUUUCAUUUGUUAUGUACCUAUAUGACAUUAUUAUUGUAAACUUAUAUGAUGCAGUUCAGUUAUAUCAUGCCAUACGUAUAUGGUAGUAUAUUAAUGAACUAGAUAGAUAAGUAUCUCGAUCAGGGUUGCCAACUGUACAAAUAAUCAAUAAAAUAACAAAAAGCCUUCUAUUUACUCGCCAUAGAAAUCUGCCGUUUUGUAACGUAGUCAAGACAAGUUUGAUGUAAGGCUAUGGUCUCCUUUUUUACGCCGUACGCGACGUCUCGUUAUGCCGUACGCUGCGUCACAAUGCUUACUAUAUAAAUGUACUGUUGUGAUCUCUUUCACACGUCGACGCUGGCGUUUUGGCGUCCGAACACCGUGCGCCGCGUCUCUAGUCAUUUCGAACUAUUGCAGCGUGAAGGUCGUCGCCCGCGUCCCACAAAAUGAUGAGGUUUGAUAAAGCAAAAGACGAGUUGUUGAUUGAAUCAGUAAAAUCUUAUAAUGCAGCAUAUGAUAAAAGUGACAAGAAGCAUAAAAACAAUAUUUAUAAGCAUCAAUGUUGGGAAAAAAUUAAUCGCGAAAACACUACCGCACGUGACCGCUCGCGAGCCACUGAGCCAUCUGCGUCACGCCAGACGUAUUGACCGCCGACGCUGUGCGUUGCGUCCAGACGUUGGAAGCCACGGAAUUGAACGUUGACGCUAACGCCAGACGCAGCGUACGACAUAAAAUAUGAGACCAUAGCCUAAACAGUAAAUUGAAGUUGUUGUAGGAAAUUAACAUUUUAAUUAAACAAGUGAUGGGUACCCUUUUUCAUCAGUCUGUGCCUACUAUUAAUUGCUCUAGUUCCUGGAAAGUUGGCAACCCUAAUCUCGAUCCAGUCUUUGCUGUUAAAGCUAAGUUCAAAAGUACUAUGUAUGUAUAAAAUAUGUUAAUAUAAUAACUUCCAUAUCGUUAACUAUACGCAACGUAUUUUGCAUAUAAAUAUUAUACUUUGAUACGAUAACUGAAAACACGCGAUAAGUUUAUGACUUUGAUCAUUUAUACGUCUAGAUAGACUAUGACAGCUGUGAAAACGUCGAAAAAAAUUGACUAGAGCUAACCUCUAUUUUGAGCAAUUCACGCACACGAACACAAAGUGUCAUACAAAUCGCGAGUGUAAGACAGCUUGUCACGCACACCAAAGUAAUAUUCCUGGCUUGUUUUUUAUCGGUUGUCUAACAGCAAGUGACUCUAUCUAGACGUUUAAAUUAUCUAAGCUCUAUGAAUUGAACGCGUGUUAUUGGCUCGUAAAAAUUGUUUUGAUUUGCGUUAGAAAAAAAUGACAAAGCGAGUUGGAUCGUUUUUUUUUUUUUAAUAUUAGGAUGAAAACAAAUUAGAAGUUUAUUUCAGUUACUACAUAAAGAUAUUCACCAUUAUACAUUAACGGCCGUUCCCAAUAUUCAGUCUAUCUCUUACUUGAGAUAAAAAUCGUAACUAUUGUUGACUUUUCUGUCCGAAUAAACUUAUCGACGGUUACUUACCCUAUCCGUACACGCUGUCUGUCAAUGGGACGACGUAUGGCUUACCAGCGAUAGAAGUUUGUAUGGAAAUUUCAAUUCACGCGUCCCAAUAUAAGGCGAUAAGAACGACUUAUCGGGUAUAUCGGGACAUCUUCCGAUUAUUGACAGCUAAUUACUAACAAUAGAAUGUAGUACUUUAUCUCUAUCUGUAGAUAGUAUAUUGGGAACGGCCGUUAGGAUACAUGGGGUCGAAAAAAUUUUUACAAUUGUCACAACGUUUACAAUUUGGAAUAAGUAACCUUUACUUUAUUUAUUGAAAAAUAAAAACUGUAAUAACUUUG